UCGGUUUUCUUAUUUCCAGCUCCCUUCACCUGUGAGUCCAGACCUUAACAUCUUCCAUACCAGCUCCUCAAAUGAACAGUCUGUCUUCCUGUUCCUGGGUCUCUCCAGAAAGGAUGUUGAUGAUGCCAAGACUAAGCUGAAGAAUCUGUAUCAGUCUCAGUGCUCCACUCAAUCCUUCAAAAAGGAGGAGCUGGCAUGCCUCACCCAGGAGGACAUGGAGGAUCUGAAGCAGCUGGUUGAGACUGAGGGUCUGUACAUGCAGGAGGACCAGUCCGGCCAGGGCAGCUUAACAGUGAGCGGUUUAAAGGACGGGGUCAACAAGGUUGUGUACAUGAUUAAUGCCUCCCUCAGAAGAGAGGUGAGAGUCAGGGAGGAGGAGGAAUUGUACACCCGUGUGGCUUGGUGCAUCCUGGGACCUAACGGCACCUGGGAGAGACUCCCUAAAACAGCCAAUCACAGCCUGGAAAAAAAUGAUGUAGCAGGAAUGAUAGUGGACGCACAGGGCAUCCGGUGGAGUGUGAAUGCACAGAAGUUGGAGGCAACAAGCCGAGUAAGUGGACUGAAAGCGAAGCUGAAACGACUUGUGAAUCUGAGAGACUUCACUCUCCCCCUGUACUGGGAUAACAUGGCUGACAGUGAAGCUUUUAAGAAAGUUGAGCUGCAGACUUCCUCUGCAGAGUACCGGACAGUGAAGGAGGCCUUCAAACGAACUGUCUCCAAGACUGUAAUGAAGAUCGAGCGCCUGCAGAAUGUUCGUCUUCGACGCGCCUAUGAAGUGCAGAAGAAGAACAUUUCUGAUAAGAACGUACAGGAGGGUGGAGCAGGUGAAAAGCUUCUCUACCAUGGGACGACCCAGGAGAACUGUGACUCCAUCAUGAAAACUGGGUUCAACAGGAGUUUCGCUGGACAAAAUGCAACUGCAUACGGUCAUGGGACCUACUUUGCUGUAAACGCCAGCUACUCAGCCCACCCUACUUACUCCAAGCCAGCUACUGAUGGUUCUCAGUUAAUGUUUGUGGCUCGAGUCCUGACUGGAGUCUACACGCAGGGCCAGAGAAAAAUGAAGGUUCCUCCACCUCGCAGUGACCAGCGGCCCCAUGACCUCUACGACAGUGUGGUGGAUAACAUAUUUAACCCCAGCACGUAUGUUGUGUUCCAUGAUAACCAAGCGUAUCCAGACUACCUCAUCACCUUCAAGUGAGGGAAACACAAUAAAGAGCACACACACACACAUACAACGCCACAUUGUUGAUGUUCUCCUCUGGAGAGUGACUAACAUCCUUCAGUAAGUUUGAUGUUGUACUCUAGUAUGAACGUCAUUCUAGUCUUGAGCAUCGUAAAGUCCUCCACAAUCUGUUCCAGGUUCAUCUCUGCUCUUUCAUUCCGAUUUAUACAAUAAAAAAACUCAGCCUCUUGAUUUUGAUUUGGGCAUUAUACCUGUGAUUAUAAUUGAGGUAGAUGCAACCAACACAAAAAACAAGUAAAUGUAAUUCCCCCACUGGUCUUAAGAAUAAAGUAAAAGUCAAGCUUUUCAUUGUUUAAAGGUAUGUUUUGGAGUGGGUUUUUUUGGUGUUUCUGCUUUAUUUUGGAUAGACAUGGUAGAUAAAGACAAGAAAGGCGGGGAGAGAGAGAGAGAGAGGAUGAAAUGUAGCAAAGGCACCCAUUUAUGGGAAUGUUUACUUAAAGUUGUAUGUAGCAAUGUGUUUGAGAGUUUGUAAAAUUGUAAAAUGAAAUUUGUAAAAUUUGAAAAUAAUUAGUUAGUUAAUAUUUAGUUCAGUUUUUAGUGAAUGUGUAAUGUAACAAGUGAAUGAGUUUAAGUUAAAACUGGCCCAUAACUUUCUGGUAUAACUUUUGUUGUUAAGAUUAAACCAUAUACUGUUUCUGGCUUUUCAGACUGCUAAUGGUGCAUAUUUUGUUUGAUUUUGUUUUGGGAUUCAUGUUAAUAAAGUUUAAGCU